UCAGACUGGCUGGUUUCAGACUGGUUUUAAAACCCGUCCUGUGACGUCAGGUGGAGGUGGGUGUGGUUUACAGCUGUCUUGAGGACAAGAUGUUCACGGCGCAGCGGGGGAAGGGAGCGUUCUGUAACGGAGAACCUCUGCAGGUGUCCGCUCAGACAGACGUCCACCAGUCCAUCAUUGCCACAGAGUUUGGAUCCAACAGAGACCCGGAAGCUGUGGACAGCAUCUUCUGCAGCCUCAGAAACAUCCUGAAGCUCCCAGUCCACGGCGUGCGCGGCGCCGGCAGUGCAGCCAUCAACAUGUGUCUGGUGGCGUCGGGCUGUGUGGAAGCCUACUAUGAGAUCGGGAUCCACGUCUGGGACAUAGCGGCGGCGUCUCUGCUGGUGUCGGAGGCUGGAGGGGUUCUGAUGGACGUGGAGGGAGCGGACCUGGACCUGAUGUCCAGGAGAAUUGUUGCCGCCAACAACAAAAGCAUUGCAGAGAGAAUCGUGAAGGAGAUCGCCCCCUUCAGGCCCAUCAGGGAUGACGCUCCACCUCACAAACAUUGAUCUGUUUACGUGUAUAAAGGUUCUGACCCAAACAAACUUGU